AGCUGAGAGCAGCGGGGUUGGACUGGAGUGACAUAAAAGGUGGAUGGAGUCCUCACUUCAUCCGAACCAGAAUCUACCACACACACAGCGACCUGUGCUGCUGACUUCUGAGAGGAACACAAAGGCACAUCCAAGAUGCAGAGGUGCUUCGGGAUUUUUUGCGUGUCGCUCAUCUUUUGCGCAACUCUCUCUGAGACCAUAGGGUUGGUUAUUGCGGCGAAGGAGAAACGUGGCUGGACUCUGAAUAGUGCUGGCUACCUGUUAGGUCCGCGUCGUAUUGAUCACCUAAUUCAGAUAAAGGAUUCUCCCAGUGCCAGAGCCAGAGAGGAGCUGGUCACUCAAUAUGGAAUAGAUGGACACAGGACACUAGGAGACAAAUCAGGUCUGGCUGGCAAGAGGGACAUGGGCCAGGAGGAGGACUUCAGAACAGGUGCUCUGAGAAUAGCUGAUGGAGACAUCAUUCACACUGUCAUUGACUUCCUGUCAUACCUCAAACUUAAAGAGAUGGGAGCCUUGGACAGCCUGCCUUCCUCUGUGACGUCAGAUGAACUGGCCAACCCAUAAUGUUUCUGCCAACUAGCAGUUAAUCUCCCUCUACCCAAGUGUACGUUUCUGCUGGGUUCCCUUUGCCCUAAAUAUCAUCUUAUUGUAGCUACAUUCACACUCUGAAUUUGCCCUGGUACUAAAGAUCUGAUUCUGAAACUCUUUGUGACAGAGACUGAUUGUCCCUCAAUACAAAUGUCAGAUCUUUCUGCUCCUGUGUAAAUAAAACUUUAUAUCCCCUAAAGGUCAGCCAGUGCUGACUACUACUGACUGUAGGUGCACC